GGAAAUGUUUGUUGAGUUGUCUUUGCCAUUUUUUCUCUGCAAAAAAACUCACUACUCAAUCUCCUUCACUCAUGUAUAACCUCCCCUUUUCUUCCUUUUCUGUAACUCCCUUCUAUUCUUAGCAACUUUCUCUUCUCUCUUCUCUGAAAGACCCAAGACCUGAAAAACAGAGAAGAGUUUUCUAGCAGAAGGGUAUGUGAUAAGUGCAUCAUAAAGCCUGGAUGAUCUUCAAAUUUUUGAACUUUAUGUAAAAAGAGGCAGUUUUGUUGAGUUACAAAAGCAUAUUGGAAACUUUCAUGAUUUGGGUAUUUGCGGAAUCAAGGAGCCAAAGCAUAUAAAGGAGACCGUUUUCAUAUUCUGGGUACCUGUAUUGGGAUCCACUUAAUGAGGGUAUCUUGAAGAAUCUGGAGAAUAAUUUAAAUGGUGUGAAUUUUGGUUUGAUUAUAUGGUUUAUACCCCAUAUAUGAUGGAGAUGUUUCUUUAAAUUGGUGAAUUGAAAUAUGGAGGAUUGUAGGAUGAGCUAAAUUUUUUAUUAUGGAGUACAAAGAAGAUGAAGACAGGCCAUCAUCACCUUAUUGGACUCGUCUCUCUGAGGAGGCAUUUAGAGUUGCUGGGGAAGCACUUAAUACCAUGUAUCCACCUAGCUCUGGACUUCCUCCUCCUGUUUCUCCGAGGCAUAAACGCAGUCAAAGUGAACUUGUGGCUCCUGGACACAGGCGCAGUAAUAGUUUUCUGAAAUUGAAAAAUUCUGUGCAGAAGGCUUGGCGAUGGGGUGGUAACUCAAGGGAUGAGAGGCACCGCUCAAGCUUCAAUCCUGAGGUUUUGGCAAAUCAAAAACGCCAGUGGUAUCAGCUGCACUCCAAAACUAAGGACCAAAUUAAGUACAAGGAGCCCACAUCAAUCUUUGAGCACUUCAUUGUUGCAGGGCUCCAUCCAGAUGCUAAUCUCGAGGCUGCAGAGGAAGCAUUUGCCAGACGGAAGAAAUGGGAGCUGGAGAUGUCAAAAUCUGAAAUGGUAGACUAUAGAAUGCUACACAAUCGUGGACCUGCACCUCCUACAUUUGAACCCCAGAUAAUUUUUAAAUAUCCUCCUGGGAAGAGAUUGGAUAUGCGUCUCAAGGACUUAGCUUCUUUCUGUUUCCCUGCUGGUAUUAAGGCACGGCUGCUGGAGAGAACUCCAUCUUUCAGUGAUCUAAAUGCACUUCUUUAUGGACAGGAGCAUUUGGGCAGAGAUGAUUUAGCAUUUAUUUUUUCACUUAAGGUGGCUGAUAAUGCUACACUUUAUGGGAUUUGCUUACAUGUAACAGAAGUUGUUCAGAGGCCACCUGGUAUCUUAGGUGGCACAUCACCCCUUAUUCAUUCAUCUGGAGCAUUUUAUCGGUUUUUGGUUGCUGCACCUCGCUGUUAUUGCUUACUAACUAGAGUUCCUUUCUUUGAGCUACACUAUGAGAUGUUAAACAGUAUCAUUGCACAGGAGCGCCUGAAUAGAAUAACAGAGUUUGUUAGUGAAAUGUCUCUAUCUCUCACUGAUUAUGCUCCAUCAGUGUCCAAGAGAAAUGAACUAAUGCAUGAGAACAUUGACUCUCCUGAUGAGGAGUAUUCUGAUUGGAUGGCUUCCGCAAUACCUGUUGAUAGUGCCCUAGCUCUUACUGCUGCUGCUGCUGGAAUUAUAUCAGAUGAUGAGGUUCCAUCUGCUUCACUGAAGAUAUGUUCACCUCGAUCGCCUGAAAGUACAGCUGCAAGUGAGGCUUCAGAUUUUUGUCAUGCAAGGGAAAUAGACAAGGAUAUUAGAAAGAAUACGCAAUGUUUUGAUGAAAAUGUUUCUGAGGCCUUAGACAAUCGUUCAGAUGGUUUUGAAAGAUCCUGUGGAUCCUAUGAAAAUGGCCAUGCUUCCCCAGAUAUUGGAGCAACUUUUUGCUCAAGGAGCCAGACUCUAGAGCGUAUUGGGAGUUCCCAAUCUCUAUUCAGUCCAGCUAGAAGCAUUGCAUCAGAGGAUGACGAUGACGAUGACGACUUGUUUUCAACUAAUGAAUUUGGGGAUGACUCAAUAAUGGAAUGGGCUAGGGAAAAUAAAAAUGAUCUAUUACAAAUAGUUUGUGGUUAUCAUGCAUUGCCUCUUCCUUCGAGGGGAAAUGUGGUAGUUUUUCAGCCUCUAGAGCACUUACAGGCUAUUGAGUAUAUGCGACCUCCUUUUUCUGCCCUUGGCUUCGAUGAAAAGUAUUAUGCAACAUUUGAAGCUGCAGAGGUGAAUGCAAAGUUGGCUGCUUCUGAGGAAGCUCUUGCACUCUCAAUAUGGACAACAGCUGCAAUUUGUCGAGUUCUCUCACUUGAAAGUGUUCUGACACUGGUUGCUGGAGUACUUCUUGAAAAACAGAUUGUUGUGGUUUGUCCAAAUCUGGGUGUUCUCUCUGCAAUAGUGUUAUCCCUUGUUCCUAUGAUUCGUCCAUUUCAGUGGCAGAGUUUACUACUUCCAGUACUACCAGUGAAGAUGCUUGAUUUUCUUGAAGCACCAGUGCCAUUUCUUGUUGGCUUACAACAUAAGCCUGCUGAUUUGAAGUUGAAAACAUCUGAUCUUGUUCUUGUCAACGUGAUUAAGAACCAGGUGAAAACAUGUCAUUUGCCUACACUUCCUCAUUAUAGAGAGCUUGUACAUGAACUUGGGCCCAUACAUGCCAGAAUGGCUUUUGAAGGUUCUGUAGCUAAAAGGCAUCCUGUAUACAGGUGCAAUGAAGUGCAGGCUGAAGCUGCAAACCAAUUUUUGACAAUCAUGAGGCACUACAUGGAAUCUCUUUGUGCAGAUUUGAGGUCUCACACAAUAACAAGUGUACAAUCGAACAAGGACCGGGUUUGCUUGCUGCUGAAAGAUAGCUAUAUUGAUUCUUUUCCUACUAGGGACCGCCCAUUUAUUAAGCUACUUGUAGAAACACAACUAUUCACUGUUCUAUUAGACUCACGUCUGUCAAGCUUUGAGCAUGAUCACUAACGUAGUUCGGUUACCAAGACUGAUUCACCAGGUGAUAUUUCCUAGGUAAAGUUAAGUUUGUGAUAUUUAAAAUAUGAAGGGGUAUCAGACUGCUAUUGAUUCUGACAAUGAGAUAGAUUCUUCCAAAUCAGAGUGGUUGCUGAGACAUCCAAGGUGAAAACUCUACAUGCACCUAAGGUUUGUAAAGGAAUUUUGUAACAUAUUAGUAUCUCACAGCAAUGAUACAUCUGUUGUAUUGCCUUUCAACAAAUGGUUAUCAUCAUCAUCCUGAUGUUUUAUGGGGAUGUAAUGCCUAGGUUAUCAAUUUCUUGUAAAUCUUAGUAACCUAAUAAGCAAUUUCCAUAGUUACUCAUGUCCACCUACACGCAUCUGCUGGAUCUUCCUUUUGUUUUCUUAUCUGUUCAGCUAAGAAAUCUGCUGUAGCACUCCCUUCUUUCGGAAGAGAAAGAACUUGACUUUUUAGGGCAUACCAUGUGUCUGCUACAUUGGUACGUGGCUGGUGAACUGCCAGCUGGCCAGUUGAGCCAUUUACAAUGGCCUGAUGAACUGGUGCAGUGCAGAGAAUUAAUCUUUUCUUUGAAGAGAAUGAUUGUACUGCCUUUGUUGUUCUUGUUCUUUAACCUUGAACCAGAUGUCAAGAUUGGGGAUUAAUGUUAGACAGCAGGGAGCAUAAAUGUUUCCAAGGAGUAGAAGAAGUGGAAGUUCUAAAUGCUUUUGAGAGUAGAUCUUUACUG